AUGAGUGAUCCAGGCUCAUCAGCUCCCCCGAUCGACAACGAUCCCCUGUACGAUGGCGAUCGCGAGUUAUGGUCCUUCUCCGCUUUCUUUCCACCACCGUAUCGCGUUCUUCUGCUCGCAUCCAUCGGGUUACUACUCUUUGCGGUGAAUGUCAAAGUGUUGCAACACAAAGGGAUUGAUCUGUUUGGGCUGUUCAGAGCGGAUGAGGUAGAGAAGAAGCGCAAUAUUGGGGCUGCAGCUGGGAGUGGGGGUGGGGGGUUUCAUAGGAGCACGACUGGCGCAAGUACUCAGUAUGGGUCGUAUCACAACCACAACUCCUCCUCCGGUACUAGCACGAGCAAUGAUGGACCGGGGAUUCUGCCAACGACAGCACCCAGCAGGCCAACAGGAGGCGAAGCAGGGGUAGGAGGAGGGAUGACAACAAAACCACUCUUCGCAUUUGGUCUCUUCCAACUCGCCUGGUCUCUCCUUAACUGGGCAUCGUAUCGAUACUAUGUCGACAGCCUCAGCGGCGACCAUAAGGGAAGGCACGCACAAGCGUUUCAAGGGUUCUGCGUCUCUGGUGCUGUCCUCGCCCUCCUCUGGCCAGGAAACCUCUUCUUCAAGUCAAUGCGAAGAGCGUUCGGUCGAGCGAUACUCGUCAUCCUGUCACCCUCUCUCAAGCAGCAAAUCACAUUCGGAGACGUCAUAUUGGCCGACAUCCUUACUUCUUUCGCCAAAGUAUUCGGAGAUGUUUGGCUCACCGCAUGCUUCCUCGUCCCUCGCAAGGAACAUCAUACGUGGUGGAACGGGAAAGGGUCAGUAGCCGUACCCCUUCUCAUCUCGCUACCAUACGCGAUCCGAUUCAGGCAAUGUAUCAGCGAGUACUGCAUCUCGCCUCCCAUCCAAGGCAGGAAUGGGGGAGAGAAAAGUAAACGACCCCUCUGGAACGCAGUUAAAUACGCCUCUGCAUUCCCCGUGAUCUGGCUAAGUGCUUGGUACGAAGCGGACAAGGAUCCAGGUGGACAUCAGGGUGAAUGGGUAACGAGGUACGUUUGGUGGUUGUUAGCCGUAUUCGUCAACUCAAUGUUCAGCUUCUGGUGGGACGUGACCAACGAUUGGGGUUUGAGUCUGUUGCAGUGGCAGAACAUGGGUUCAGUCGGGCAAGUUGCGCAAAAUGCGGUACAUUUACAUAGAAGAGGGAUGUCGUAUAUGCCUUUACCGCUGAGUGAAGAAGCGGAAGUAUUGCCAAUGGCCAGCUUUAGGCCUGAUGAAAAACCCUCUUUCUCCAAUUCCUCCGCUGGAACAGGAGAUGGAGUGGGAGGAUAUACAUCACUAGCUGUUCCCCCGACGACAAACCCCUCCGGCGGCCCCUCACGCACGACUACCAGAACAGGUCAUAGGAGAAACCUUUCAGCAAUGGAAAGAAUCCUCCGUCCCUCCCCCUCCCUCCUUUUCCCCGCUUCUUUCUACCAAAUCGCUAUCAUCCUGGAUCUCUUACUUCGUUUCUUCUGGAGUCUCAAACUCAGCUCGCAUCUACACCACAUAAUCGAAUGGCAAGGAGGCGUGUUUUCGAUGGAGCUACUCGAAAUGAUUCGAAGAUGGGUAUGGGUCUUCUUCCGCGUCGAGUGGGAGGUUGUACGUCGAAGAGAGCGAAACCGAGCUAUGCAUGCAGCUUUAGAUUAG